AUGUCGAAAGAAACAGCGUCUAUGAGAGAAAUAAAACACAACCGACAACUCAUUUUGCAAGCUCUAAAUAAGAACACAACAAACUUUUCAAACUAUUCUAAGAUAUCUGAGUCAUUGAAAGAAGGAAACUUAAAACUGACAAUAAACCCAAUGACAGACGAGUUUCUAUUUCAAGACAGUAAGAACCAUACUGUCUGUAUAAAUCCAACAAAAGGAACUUUAAACGAGAAGCCUAUAAAAGAACUUCUUUUGAAAGCAGAUGUUGACAACAAAGCUGACAAAGAGUAUGUCAUUGAAAAAGUUCAAGAAGAACAUGACAGAGCAGAUGCAACAUAUGCAACGAAAGAACAUACUCAUCCUGAACUAGCAGAUAAAACAUAUGUUGACAAUAAAAUGUCAAGUGAAGUGACAAGAGCUGACAAAGAAUAUUCUAAAAAGACUCAUACACAUACCAUUGCAAAUAUUACAAACUUACAAGAAACCUUAAACAGGAAAAGUGACGUUGGACAUACACAUACCAUUGCAAAUAUUACAAACUUACAAGAAACCUUAAACAGGAAAAGUGACGUUGGACAUACACAUACAUCUUCUGAAAUAACAGACUUAAACGUUAGCCUUGAAAAGAAAGCAGAUAAAACAUAUGUCAAUGAAAUAUACCAAAGUUUAGUUGGAACAAAAAAUAUUGAAACUAUGGUUGGUGACUUUUCUGUCUAUGAAGAAAACAAAUAUUUUAGAUGGGAGUUUGUACAGUCCUUAGAAAAUGGUACACGGUAUAAACUCAUUCCGAAAAAUAACAAUGAAAUGUAUGUAAGCUAUAAAAAGAGUGAUGGUACACAAGUUAAAGUUCCAUUAGACAACAACUGCUACUUAAACUUCUAUGGAGACGAACAAAAGAAAUAUUUAAGAGUUUAUGAAAUGACAGAUAUGACAUUGCCUGACCCAGCUCCAGCACCAUACUAUUAUGACUAUGGAGAUGACGUUAGAACACCACAUGUAGAUGAACAAAAGCUAACAUUAUAUUUAGAUUUUUAUAGAUAUAAAAGAUAUAAUGCAAUAGAAAAAACGAGAAUAGUAUACUAUUAUGAAGAUGACAGAAAUAAAUAUUAUAGUCAAGACUUUACCUACCCUGAAAACAUAAGAUUAUAUUAUAAAAAAUAUUCUAACACAAACCA